AGCGAAAAAGAAAAGAAAAAGACCCAAACUUUUGAGAAACUUCAUUCUCUUCGCCCCAUCAAAGCUUUCCUUUAAUCCAUUGCGCGUGAAGAGAGAGAGACAGAUAAAGCAAAGGAGACAAUCAACAUUCCCUUUUGUUCCCCCAGAUCACGAGAAGGACUUGGAAGAAGGUGACUAUUGGGUUCCUCUGUUUUCCCCUGUUUCAACCCUAAUUUCGCAAAAAAAAAAAAAACUCAAUCUUUCCGAGAGAUAAUUCUGGGUUUGCGGCUGCUGAUUCCGUUGGAUUAAAGGGUUGUCUUAAAGGAGGCAUUUUGGUUUCGGAUAAGAGGAUAAAAAGUUUCCUCUUUUGUUUUGAGUCGGUUGUUUGAUGGAGGCUAGUGUGGGAAACAAGUUUCGGCUCGGACGCAAAAUCGGAAGCGGCUCUUUUGGAGAGAUCCAUCUCGGUACUCAUCUUCAAACGAACGAAGAAGUCGCCAUCAAGCUUGAAAAUGCCAAGACAAAGCAUCCACAGCUGCUCUAUGAAUCCAAAUUAUACAGACUUCUACAAGGAGGAACUGGUGUUCCGAAUGUCAAGUGGUUCGGUGUUGAAGGCGACUACAAUGUUCUGGUCAUGGAUCUACUUGGGCCUAGUCUUGAAGACUUGUUCAAUUUCUGUAGCAGGAAACUUUCUCUCAAGUCCGUCCUCAUGCUUGCUGAUCAAAUGAUAAACCGUGUUGAGUAUUUCCAUUCGAAAUCUUUUCUUCACCGAGAUCUCAAGCCUGACAACUUCCUCAUGGGGUUAGGAAGACGCGCCAACCAGGUAUACAUCAUCGACUUUGGUCUUGCUAAGAAGUACAGGGAUAACACUACCCAUCAGCACAUUCCUUACAGAGAAAAUAAGAAUCUCACUGGAACCGCAAGAUAUGCUAGUAUGAAUACUCACUUGGGAAUUGAACAAAGCAGAAGGGAUGAUCUAGAAUCUCUUGGUUACAUUCUCAUGUAUUUCCUCAAAGGAAGUCUUCCAUGGCAAGGGCUUAAAGCUGGAACCAAGAAACAAAAGUACGAAAGAAUCAGCGAAAAGAAAGUCUCUACAUCCAUUGAGUCCUUAUGCCGUGGCUACCCAUCUGAAUUCGCAUCUUACUUCCAUUACUGCCGCUCCCUCCGGUUUGAUGAUAAACCAGACUACGGUUAUCUCAAAAGAAUAUUCAGAGAUCUCUUCAUCCGUGAAGGGUUUCAAUUCGAUUAUGUCUUUGACUGGACCAUACUGAAGUACCAACAGUCACAACUAACAGCUCCUCCAUCCCGUGGCCCUGCGGCUGGAACCAGUUCGGCUUUGCCUCCAGGAUUAACCAGCAUGGAUAGAUACGGAGGUGAGGAAGAUGGAGGGAGACCACCGAUGGAUUCGUCAAGAAGGAGAACGUCAGGAGCUCUCGAGAACUCUGGCAACUUGUCAUCAGCUGCUGUUAGAGCUCCAAUGAUGCCAAGCUCGUCGCUGUUCGGACAGUCAGCAGGAUCAUCGAGGAGAGUGACGUCUGAGGAGCUACAGAGAAGCCGUACGGGAAGUGGAUUAAGAAACUCUGGGAUGGUUUCUUCAUCGUCUGAAAGGAAGAGAUCUUCUUCCACUAGGAAACAUUACGAUUCUGCUGUCAAAGGCAUUGAGACUCUCCAAGUCUCUGACGAAAGGUACCAUUGAUCCCAAUGGUUAGAAGAAGAAGAAAACAUGUAUUUUUUCAGAGAUUAUUAAUCAUAUAGUAUAAAGCUUUGACUCUAUAUUACAGAACCUAGUAAAUUUUCUGAAUUUUUUGUGUUGUUUUUAAUUUUGUUUUUACUUGGGUGUCUUCUUUGUUUUGUAUUUUCUUACUGCGCAGUCAAUGUUUGAAAUUGGGAUUCAUUGUAUGUUUUA